UUGCUUUUAUACUCGCCCACUUUCUGCCACGCAUGGAUAUUUUUAUGCAGCGUGCAGCCGCUUUGACGCGAGUGACAGCGUUUGGUUACUCGUCUCCAUAAGAGCGUGUCAGUGUGAUGCAUAUCUGUGCUGUCAGCCGCAGGAAAAGAGGAUCUUCCACUACAAGCCAACACCUCUUAUCUCCAUCCUGUUAUCCGUGCAGCAAAGCGGCUUCUUCCAGCUCCAUCUCUCUGACUGAUCUCAACGAUUCUCCAGCAGAUGUUCUUGCGCGUCCAGGAAAACGACCGACAGAAGGAACGGUUACGGAUCCCCGUACCUCUACAUGGGGGCUCCGGUGUCCCAGCCCGGGCUCCGCUGCAGAGGACACCCAAGUGCGCCCGGUGCCGAAACCACGGCGUCCUGUCGUGGCUCAAAGGACACAAGCGUUACUGCCGCUUCAAGGACUGCACCUGCAAGAAGUGCAUCCUCAUCAUCGAGCGGCAGCGCGUCAUGGCGGCGCAGGUGGCGCUCCGGAGGCAGCAGGCCAACGAGAGCCUAGAGAGCCUCAUCCCGGAGUCCCUCAGAGUGCUGCAGGGCAUCGGUACGAGCGGGGCCGGCGAGGGGAACCAGGGAGCCCCGUUGAGGACGGUGGAGCGGCUCGGAGCCUCUGCAGGCCGGAGCGCAAACACACACAAGUAGAAGAGUCAGAAACAGAAAACUUUGACUUUAAACUUUGAACUUGGUUUGUAAAGUUGAUUUGAUUAUAGCUCAACAAAAACAGAAAAAAAAAACCAGUGCCUAAACCGUUAAAUAGAUCAGUAUUCUCAAAACUCUGAUCAAUAUACUUCAGAUUACACAAACAACUGAAGGAACAUUAGCCAAUUAAAUGUGUUCAUUUCUUAGAAGACUACUUAAAAUAAAAGUAUGCAAAUGUUGAUGAUUGAAAUGUGUAUCUGAACUUAUUUUGACAGAUUUUGAAAGAUAGUCGCCUGCAACUUUUCAAACAUUUAAACAAGGAAGGAAUCCAUGAACCCUCUUUUUCUGUUUAUCUUUUCAAAUCAGAUAGCAGCAAAAUUUGUUCAAA